AUGAUGCUGAGCUAUCGCGCCCCGCUGACCCAGAUCGUCAUCCUCGGCAUGGCCAGCCUGAUGACCUCCGGGAUGCACAGCGCUUACUUUUCUCUCAAGUUUGCCAACGGAGCGACCGGACAGUCCACCACAGUGAUCAGCACCGGCGGAUCGCCUUUCUACUGGAGCGCCGUCAUCGCUGCCUUUCUCGGAGGCGGUCUCCUCAAUAUCAUCAAGCCCAAGCACCAAGUCUUUGUCGGCGGGCUGUCGUACUCGCUCUACAUUGCCCUCAGCGCCAUCAUUCAGCAGAGCCCACCACCCAGCCCGACAGCCACCAUCGUCCAGCCGAUUGCAUCGGUGCUCCUGGGAGUCGGAACGGGACUGCUGGGGUCAGCCCAGGCCGCGCUGGUCAUGAUCUACCCGACCGAGGACAGAAAGGCUUCCUAUUUUGCCACGCUGUGGCUCCUCAUCUGUCUCGGUCCAGCGAUGGGCGAUGGCAUGGCCUUCCUGCUCGACUCUGUGAAUCCAAAGUUCACCGUGACGACGUCCACUUCGGCAGCCUUUGCGAUGAUCACCUUCUUUGGCUCCUUUUGGGCACUUUCGAUGUGCGAUCCCAGCACUAUCAUUCGCGAAGACGGAACAGCGGUCAACCCGCCCGAGGUCGGCCAAAUCUCCUCGGAGCUCGUCCAGCUCGGCAGGCUCCUCAAGAGCCCGCGACUGGCCUUGCUCCUCCUCUACUUGGUGACCUCCAACUACUUCUACUACUGGCAAUCCACGGCAAUCAAUGUCCACUACUUCAGCCUUCGGACGGUGCACUUCAACUCUGUUGGAUUCUGGCUGGCCCAGGGCGUCGGUGCCUGGCUAAUGGCCUGGAUUCUCGACAGCAACCGUCCCCGCCGUACCCGGGCGGUCAUCGGCCUGGUUGUUGUGUUGGCGAGCUGCUGCGUCGUUUGGAGCGGCGGGCUGCUCUACCAGUUCCUUGCCUACAACGACGUCCUCCCUCAGGCCGGGGCCGAUCUCUUUGGUCUGGGCUCAACGCCCAACGCCGCGGCUGUUUCGAUUCUGUAUGUCCUGAUGGGAGCCGUCGACGCCAUGUUCCAGGCAUUUGCCUUCUGGCUCGUUGGUGCCUUGACGAACGACUAUGCCACCCUGGCCCGGUUUGGCGGAUACCUCAAGUCGAUGCAGACCCUGGGCGUCACACUGAGCUGGGCGUUAGGCUCGGCCGGCCAGGUCCGACCUAGCGACCAAUGCAUCGUCAUCGUCGUCUUGAUUUGUCUGUCGCUCGUUGCUGCAUAUGUUGUGAUCCUGGCGCUUCAGGACACGUCCAAGGCGGCAGAUGCCGCCCUCUUGGAAGAAAGCAAGUAG